GUGGUAAUACACGUUGAAAAACCAUGGAUGGAGCUGCUGCGUCUUGUGUAGUUUCACCACGACAGACGCACGUCAACGACAUCCGCCGGCGCCUGAUGUAGUCUAGUGAAAGUCGAGUCGGAUUCUCUGAGCACCGCUGUCGACUUUUCCUAAGUCCUAUGUAUCCUCCUUGACCUCAAGACGUCUUCCACUGAGGUCAGGGAAUAGUCGAUAGGAAGGACAAUUCGACCUCCCCCCACUUCAUAAACCUGGUGACACUCUUACAGUGAUCAGAUGUGAUGUUAAGAUGGUUACAAAAUCAAAACUUAAACAAAAAUACAUUUUUAUUGGACUAAGAAUAAAGUGUCCAGUAUUUCAUAAGAAUAAAUAAACCAGUGCUACAUGUUUUAAAUAUCUCAUGACCCAUGAAGAGUCCCGGCCCUUGAGGGCCAGUUGAUUAGUGUCCCGCUCGUCAAUACGGGGGGCGGGGCUUGGCAUGCAGGGUUUCCCGUCCUGUCUUUUGAAAGCAGCAGGGGCACGGUUGCGUGUGGAAGCCGUGACUCCACUUUGCAAACUCGACGUGGAAAAUGUGAGGAGUUCACGCUCAAGGUGACUGACAGGUGACUGUCACCUGAGCUUGUACUCGACCUGUUCAUGGAAAGUCAAGCCUGGCUGGAGUCGUCCCUUCGGCGCUCUGCCAGUCUGGGCCGGGAGGUGCUGCGGCGGGCCUCCAGGCGCAGCGUGGACUGGACCAGCACCGGUGCAUCCCAGACCCCCACUACCGCAGAUGAAGACUCACAAAUCCCUGUCAAGAGCGCCCACACAGAGCUCAAUGAUGCCUUUGCAACCAUCGCAGAGUUCAUGGCACAGACGACCCAUCAAUGCAAGAGGGUUUACGAGUCCGGCUGCUGCCCAGAGCCCACUGACAAAGAGAGGGAGCACGUGUGCAGGUUCCACACGCGACCAGCUGCUGGGAAGAAGGCACCCUCUCUGCCAGCCAGGAAACAUGAUCACGUGUCGGCAACAGAUGAAGAUUUCUAUAUCGAGGUUUCCCCUGGAACGUACGCCAUCACUGCCCGCGUGCAGGAGUCACAGCAGCAGACUCAGCAGACAUGGCAAAGUUCAAUAAUCUGUACACUGACACAUUAUGUGUAAACAGUAGUGGCAUUGUUCCGUGCAAAAGGCUGCCGUCCCGCAGGCGGUCGAGGUCUGAAGUUGGUCCUACCCAAAACUUCUCUGAGGCUCGCUCCUCUUUCUUUAACACCUGGAAGUGACUGAAACAGAGAGCUGUGAUUGGGCGAGGCGCUGAUCUGCGGGACAGGGAAGCUGAACCUCGCAGGUUGUGAGGUCCUCCAGACCACUGCACUCCCUGCAGAUUAGAUUACAAGAUUAGAAUAAAAGAUCUUGUGCAGGUGUACUGAUGUUAGUUUACACUGUCAGUGCUUUGUAACAUGUAUGUCUUUGCUAGAAACUAAACUGCCAUACAGUUAGACCAUUGAUUUUUAUUCUAAAUACAGCCAUGAUGAAAAAAAGACUUUUCAUGAUCUUUUGAUGGGAUGAGUACAAGUGUUUGUCGAAACUUAAGAAGAAAUCCAUAAUUUAGUGUUAAUUUAACCUACCACAAUUGCAACCACAUUUAGUUUUACUGGAUUUCAUCACAAUGAAAAUUUCAUCCAACUAAUAAUGUUCACAAGCACUGAAAUACUAAGGGAUUAUUGUUUUUUUCAACUGGACCGUGUGAUCUAACACAUUAACAUUUUCUGUCUCAAAGUACCCUGCUUCAACACAUUUUACUAAACACAAAUAGACAGAUAUAAUACAGAUUAUUUUUAAAUUUCCGAUUUCAAGUGAGACCAUUGCUCUUACUGCUUUUUUUCUUCCCCUCUGCUCUUCCCUUUUAUUAGCAUUACCAUGUAUUUUUCCGAUAAAACGUUCACAAUGCUGAACACUG